AUGGGAAGGGCACCAUGCUGUGAGAAAGUUGGGUUGAAGAGGGGGAGAUGGACAGAUGAAGAAGAUGAGAAGCUGAGAAACUACAUUCAAGAGCAUGGAGAAGGGUCUUGGAGAUCACUACCAAGAAAUGCAGGGCUGUUGAGGUGUGGGAAGAGUUGCAGAUUGAGAUGGAUAAAUUACUUGAGAGAUGACUUGAAGAGAGGAAACAUUACUGCUGAAGAGGAUGACAUUAUUGUUAAGUUGCAUGCUUCCUUGGGCAACAGAUGGUCGUUGAUAGCAAGUCAAUUACCAGGACGAACAGACAACGAGAUAAAGAAUUAUUGGAACUCUCACUUGAGUAGAAAAGUCCACAGCUUUAGAAGGCUAUCAGCAGAGAACUCACCAGCGAUCCUUGAAAUUACCAAAAUGGCCAUUGCAACUAAACGCACAGGUGGUAGACCAGUCAGUAGAGAAACAGCGAAGAAGAAGGACAAAAAGGACAAUGCAAUGUCAACAAAACGAAGCAAGGAGAAAAAACCCUCAAAAGAGGAGGUGAUUACGCACGUGCCAUUACAACCACCCACUCCAACAUUACAGGAGGCAACCAAUGUGUGUUUGGGUCCACUCAUUGAAGAAGAUCAGGAAGGAACGAACCUUGUUGUUCCAAGUCCUUGUCAAGAAGAAACCAUCGGAAGAAAAAUAAUGGUGGGUUCUUUUUCAAGCAGUGACCAGGAGAGAGAGAGCUGCUUCAGUUGUGGGAAUUCAAAUCAUUCAAUGUUGUUGUGCCAUGGUAACGCAAGUGGUGGAGAGAAAGACAGUGAAGUUUCAGGACCACAUUCAUCUACCAUUAAUGGCGCCAUGGAAAUAUUGUGCUUUAAUAAUGACAUUAUGGACACUACUAGUAUGGCUGUUAAUGGUAGUGGUGGCGGUAAAGAAAGUGAGGCUUUUUCAAGUUCGGACAAGAUUGGAACAAGUGAAAAUGGUCACAUAGAGAGUGGUAAUAAUGACGGUGGUAGUGAUUGGUACUCUUGCUCUUCAUUUGAUGAUGUAAGGGUGGAUUUGGUUCAAGGAAAUGAGUUAUUGGAGAUGGAGCAGAGUGAUCUAGAUAGCUUGAUUUCUUGGUUAUGGGAGAGUGAUCAAAAGAUGGAAGAUCAAGCACUUGAAGAUGUUGAGAAACAAAAUGCAAUGGCUGCUUGGCUACUUUCUUGAUUAUUUUCUUUUCUUUUCUUUUCUUUUCUUUUCUUUCUCUUGGGUACGUGAAAGCUUUGAUGUC